UUUCAAUAAAGUGAGACAUCGCCCUGCUAAAACGGUGUCAUGGCGGUUUGACUUGGUUAAAGGUUUUUUUGCAAUAACUUACUAGUUAAUGUGCUUCUUAGCGAUUUGAUAUUUGAUUUAAGUGAAUAAAAUCACGUUUAACUAAAUAGUUAAUAAUGCGUGAAUAUAAAAUAGUUGUGUUGGGCAGUGGAGGCGUGGGAAAGUCCGCCCUGACAGUACAAUUCGUACAAGGCAUCUUUGUGGAGAAAUACGACCCAACCAUAGAGGACAGCUAUCGGAAACAAGUGGAAGUGGAUGGGCAACAAUGCAUGCUGGAGAUCCUCGAUACGGCGGGGACGGAGCAAUUUACCGCAAUGAGAGAUCUAUAUAUGAAAAAUGGACAAGGUUUCGUAUUAGUGUACUCCAUCACUGCACAGUCGACAUUUAACGACUUGCAGGAUCUCCGGGAGCAAAUCCUGCGGGUGAAAGACAAAGACGAUGUGCCAAUGGUGCUGGUGGGCAACAAAUGCGAUCUGGAAGCAGAGCGCGUGGUGGGCAAGCAGCAGGGGUCCAACCUGGCCAACCACUUCAACUGCGCCUUCAUGGAGACCUCCGCUAAGGCCAAAGUCAAUGUAAACGAUGUGUUCUACGACUUGGUCCGACAGAUCAACAAGAAGUCGCCUAAAGAGGACAAGAAACCACAAAAAAAGCCUAUCAAAUGUAUCUUCAUGUAACUGAGGAAGACCAUGUUGCGUCUAGGUAUAGAAUAUUUAAUAAUUUGAAAGACUUCUCGUACCCGGAUUUGGCUGUCGGUUCCAAAAGUUUACUAAAUCGGGUGAGCAUUGUUGCUUGUCAAAUAUCUAACAUUUGGAGGAUGCGCAUAUGUUGAGCUCCAUGUUCCAGCGCUACGGCGCAAGUGGAGGAUGCACAGGCAUCAUGGGUCCGCAUUUAUUCCUAUUCUCUAAAAAAAUAAUAUCAUUGGUGCAUUAAUUUGGUUUUUAUUUCGAGAAUAGACUCAUUGUCUCUGUGCAUUAUUCACUAUAAAAGAAUUCCAAUUGUAUUGUGUGGAUGGCAUCGGGUUCAGAAGUUCACUGCUAAUAAAUUAUCCAGAAUUUGAAGUUUACAAUAUUAAGUAUACUAUGUGACAACCCUCCGUACUGUUAUCAUUUCAAGAAUUAUAAUACAAGUAUAUAUAUAUACAUUACUUUCAAAUCAAUAUAGCUAAUAACUGCUGUUUAUAGUGUAUUUAGGUGUAUAAGUUUUGUUUCAAAGGGCAAAGCUGAAUGCAGACAGCUUCUUGUCAAUUAGGCCAAACAGGAAAACAUAGUUAUUUAAAUUACUAUAUGAUUUAUCACAUUGCUAUUGAGCUGAACAUGAGUACCUAAUAACUUUAUAAAAAUCUAGUUAAUAAUAUUAGUAAGCCACCUCUUACAUUAUAGAAAUUGU